CCGAUCCUGAGGGGAUACUUCCUUUCGUUUCUUUUCCUCGUUUCUUUUCCCCUUCCCUUCUCUUCUUUCAUCCAUGGUAAGUUGUCCUCUUCUUUCUUCCUCUUCCCUUCCUGCCCCCCCCUCCAAGCUAUACCCAAUUGGCUCCCCAAGUCCCUUCCAGCCCUUCUUCCCCUUCGGUCUGACAGUUGUGCUCCCCUUGCGUGGGAUGACGUACCCCCAUGGUGGUGAAUGGGCUGCGAUUCCCUCAUCCCAGACAGACUGACGCUGCGGCGAGGCUCGUGCCGUCGAUGUUUAAGCGGGCCGGUGGCUGAUUAUCAAAUAUGCACAGAGCAUCCUGCGUUGACCAACGGCUUUCCCCUUCUCUCACGCCCCCUCCCCCCUUCCGAGCUUUGCCACGCACGCGCUACUAGUUUCCUCUGCCAUCGCAUCUCGUCCCGGCUCAGCGCAAACGAUGCCGGCCGCCGUCGAUGACCCGGCCAGCCCCACAAUCCAUCGGGUCUCCGGCCAGCCACCAUUCCCGGAUCCGAACAACCCGUUCCUGCCGCCGGACAUUGUGCCUCGCCAGGUGACGCUGCGAGACCGCCAGACCGUGGCCACCAUCGUGCCCUUUGCGUCGCGCCACCAGAUCCCCGUGUCGCUGGUUGUGUACCUGUGCGCGCAGAUCAACAAGGAGAUUGAUGGCGGCGACACGUACCCCCUGAUGGACCCCUUUACGGCCGAUGGCUUCGCCGACUUCUGGUUCCAGAACUUUGGCGCCGUCAUGCUGUUGGGGAGCAUCGAGGGCGCGCAUCAGCUUCUGGACGGCAAGGACUGGGCCAAGGAGUGUCUGGGCAGCUUCUACAUCCGGCCCAACUACCCGGGGCGGAGCAGCCACGUGUGCAACGGCGGCUUUCUCGUUACCGACGCGUCCCGUAACCGCGGUGCCGGUCGCUUGAUGGGCGAGGCGUAUAUUGACUGGGCGCCGCGGCUGGGAUACACCUACAGCGUGUUCAACCUCGUGUACGAGACCAACGUGGCGUCGUGCAAGAUUUGGGAUGCGCUGGGCUUCAAGCGCAUUGGACGAGUCAAGGGAUGCGGAAACCUCAAGAGCUAUCCUGACCGUCUUAUCGACGCCAUCAUCUAUGGACGAGAUCUGGCUCCUGGGGAAACGGAAGAGCUGGUGAGCGAAGAGCGCUUCGAUAAGAUCAAGUACUACCUCAAGUACGGCAAAUAUCCCAACGGCGCAGACCGGGCUGAGAAGAGCCGACUGCGCAGUGCGGCGACGCACUACAAACUGCUGGAUGGCGACAAGCUCAUGCUCAAGGACAAGGAGGUCAUAUCCGACCCGGCGCGACAGUAUGAGAUUGCGCGCAGCGUGCACGUCAUGCACCACGGAGGCAUCAACAAGACGACGGCUACCAUUGCGGAAAAGUACCACUGGAGUCGCAUCAAGGAAACCGUCAGCGACGUGAUCCGAGCCUGCGCCGAGUGCAAGGAGCUGGGCAAGACGCCGAACCCAGGAGGCACCAAGAAGACCGCUGCGCCUACCGCUACCACUGCCGCUUCGGUGCCGGCGUCCACAAUCACGACGCCUGCUCCCACGCCCAUUUUGCCCAGCAACGGUCCUCCACGGAACCACUCAAUACCGUCCAACAUUGCAACUACGGGGAGGAUCUUGGCUCUGCAAAGCCACGAUACUAUGCUGUCGCUAUCACCAAGCACCAGCCCCAGCCCGAGCGCAUAUGCAAAUCCCAGCGACAUCUCCGUCAUACCGCCAUCUCAGACGUUUCAGACCACCCAAGGCCUCCACCACCACCAACAGCAGCAGGCGCAGCAGCAGCACCACCACCAUGGCCUUUCACCAGAUCCUCACCACCACCACCACCUGCAACAAACCCUGCAUCACCACCAAGUAACCCACCAACAGCCAUCUCUCCACCACAACCCCCAUCACCCAGCCCACCACCUCCACAACCCCAUGCUGCAAGACCAGCCAAAUCAACACGAAACGCAUGUCUACCAGCCCAUCGACCCCCAAAUCAUAAAUCACCACCACCACCCUCAGCAACACCAUGACAUCGCCUUUGAGCACUACCACCCACACGCCGAUUUCCAGGCACUCCUCAGCGCAACCGAAGAUGUCGUGUCCACCCAGCCCGACGGCGAUGUCCCGCCCUCCGUGGACACCGACCUAGAGAUGCUCAUUGAGCACGACGCCGUGGACGACGAAGACGUCAACGAUGUCGGCCAAAACGACCAUCAUGGGGGUCACGUCAUGGGCGACGACGAUGUCAUGGUGGAUGGCUUAACUGGCGGCGCACCGCAAAUGAUGCGCAGAAUAGGACAUAGAGACGGAAGGGGCAUAUAUGACAUCAAUUUUGGCGGUCCGGCGGUCUGACUUCUUUUUUUCCAUUUUUUUUCCAUUUUCAAAUCCGUUUUUAUCAUGAGAAUGAAUUGAGGCGGGGCGUUGCGUUGUUGCGUUGCAAUGCGUUGCGUUGAAGUCCUUUCCCCCCCUUUCCCCCCCCCCCUUUUAUUUUUAGCAUAGGUAGGAGUAAGAGUAGGAAGUAUGAUUGAUUGUGUGCGUCAGUGCAAAUGGAUAUAUGAUGUAUAUACGGCCGCAACAAACGGGUAUGAUAUGAUAUCCCUUAUAGAUUUCAU